GGAGGGAACCCACAUUGCCACAGGGAGAACAUGCCAACCCCACACAGAAGGACCGCCGGGAUCGGGGAUUGAACCCAAAACCCUCUUGCUGUGAGGUGACAGUGCUCGCCACUACAACACGAUGCAGCCCUCAGGAAUGUGGAGAGAGGAGGAUGGAGCGGUCGGUGGUGUCAAAGGCUGCACUGAGGUCCAGUAGGAUGAGGAUGUUGAGGGAGUGGUCAUCAGAGCUGAAGUGACCACACGAGAGAGGAUGGCUACUGCCUCUCGCUGACAUCACGUGGGAGACGCUUCCACCAAGUGGAGGCGAACUGUCAUCAAACUGUGGGACGACCAAGUGAAUGGAGUUCAAUAUAAACCGGAGUCACGUGGGUCCGAUUCAGGAGCGACCAACGAAACAAGAGGUCAUCAACAUGUGUGUUGCGUCACCUUGUUGCUCAUAUUCUGGCAACUUUCAUCAAAUGCAACACCCUCGUGUGUUCGUGAUAUUUUUUUUGCAAGGUGAAAUUGGAGGCAACGCUUGUGUCUCUUUUUUAUUCUUGAAUAUAUAAUUAAAAAACACGUUACAGGUAACAGUUUUGAACGAACGCGAGUAAAAUAAAAGACUAAAGUUAUGAGUGUCGCUUUUAUUUCGUUGACCGGAAGUGUGAUCUGUCUUGUUGUGACGGGCUCCGCGUCACUCGCAGGUACCCUACUCCAACUUAGGCCAUUCUCGGUGGCGCUUACACCUGAAUUCGGUCGUAAGAGGAUAGCCCUCUCCUGGCCACCGCUUUCCGCGUUUAUUUUUUUAAUUAUUUAUUCCCGCGUAAACUGCAGUCUUGAUAAAAAAAGAAAAGAAAAACAUUAAUGGUGGAUAAUUUAGCAAUGCGUUGAGGGCCCCGGGGAGAACGGCACAGGAAUAUAAAGUCACGUCAGACGAUCGUAUUUGAAUUUUGUUUUAAAUAUCCGGCGACAUGGCUCGACCACGGCCGCGGGAAUACAAGGCAGGAGAUUUGGUUUUCGCUAAGAUGAAGGGAUACCCGCACUGGCCAGCGAGGAUUGAUGAGCUUCCAGAAGGAGCUGUCAAACCGCCCGCCAACAAGUACCCCAUCUUCUUCUUCGGGACCCAUGAAACUGCAUUCCUUGGUCUGAAGGAUCUUCUGCCUUACAAGGAGUAUAAAGACAAAUUUGGCAAGUCCAACAAGCGGAAAGGCUUCAACGAGGGCCUGUGGGAGAUCGAGAACAACCCCGGAGUCAAGUUCACAGGCUAUCAGGCCAUCCAGCAACAGUGUUCAUCGGAAACAGAGGAGGGGGGGAACGCCGAGGACGGCAGCAGCGAGGGCGAGGAGGGCGACUUUGUUGAGGAGGAAGACGACAAGGCGACGCUGAAAGGAGACAAGACCGGAUCCAAGCGGAAAAAGACAGCCACCUCCAAGAAAUCUUCCAAGCUGUCAAAGACGUCAUCUGUAAAGGACGACCUGGAGAAAGAUGGGAAAGAUGACGACCAGAAGAGCGGCUCCAAGGGAGGAGACCCCGACAAAGACAUCAUCCAAAAUACAACCGACAAAUCAGCUGCUCAUAGAAGAACAUUAAGUGAAGAAAGCAUGACAUCAUCCCUUGUAGCCGUGACGUUGGGAGGGGGAAUCAACGACAGGAUUUUCUCCUCAGCACCACCUGGCUGCCAUCGUCACCUCCACCUGCACAUCUCCAUUGGACUUCCAGUAUGUGUUUUGUAUGAAAGACGCCCCGCGGUUGAUGCUGGUGUCGUGGUGGGCAUCGCGUUGGACGCCAGGGUAAAACCGCUAAACAAGAGCUGAAAUGUCAUGCCACGGGUCGCGUCGGAAGUUUUGUCGUCCUGAACUCUCUAAAGUAGACGGGUUAAGAUUUGUAUUUGGCUUUCAUCAGUGACUCUGAAGGCUUGUAUAUUGUGAAAUAAGUAUGAAGUAUAGGAUAAUCUAAAGGGGCUUUCAGUACUUGACUUGAUUUUAUCGUGGUCUAUUGACAGCAACUAUGCGUUGUGAUAAUGAUUGCUGUGUUCAUAAGCAACUUUUUCUCUUCUCUGCUCAUACUCCAGAGCCCAAUCGGAAUAAUAUGUUAAAAUUGAAGGUUAAGUGACACUUGCACAACUAAAAAAAACAAUGCGAUUGAAAUAAUUGAAAAAGGUUAGUUAGCUAACACAACUUGUUCAGAUUUGGGUUAAUGCAUUCCACAUUUAAAUGAAAGCAGCAUGACCACCAGAGUUUAAAGCCAUUAGAGGCGAAUGAGUCCGAUUUUCUGAAAACCGGAAUGUGUGGACGUAUUCUCAAAAGGAUCCCUUUCAAUCGUCACUUAGGCCCUAGAAAUAUGCGGAGAUGUCCGUAUCUGCCUGUAUUUUCUUAUUUUGCUGUUUCUGGGCGCCAACGUAUCUAAAAACGUCGCCUCCGGCUGCCAAAUCGGAAGCACGCAUAUUCAGCAAAACCCGUUCCAGAAGGAUCAUCCUGAUUGCAAGCCAGUGGGUGUGGCUUCUAGCCUUGGAGAGCCUGGGGAGGUGAGGCCGACGUUGAAUGUUGUGUUUACGUACCUGCAACCGACAAAUCCUACUCAUUCUGCCUUUAAGGUUACGAGAUAACAGUUUGAAUUUCGACAUAAAUUAAUUUGCCAUUUACCUUUUAUUAGGAAAAGCUCUGAAACAGGAUGUGACAUGGUUGGCUUUAUCUAAAGUUCUCACCACUUUUUCAAGUGAAAGAGUCAGUCGUAU